CAAUAUUUGUAGCUCAAGCUCAGGCUGAAGAUGAACAUCUACAAGAACCAGAUGAUGUAGGUUUCUUCAUAAAUCAAAAAGGAAUGUAUUGUUGCAAGCACUGUAACAAAAGAAGAUACAAGUAUAAAGGAGGUAUAGUGCAGCACCUGAUGUAUGAUUGCGUCCCAGCAAGGUUCAUCUGUCCUAUUUGUCAAGUCGCAUUCAAAAUGAAGGAAGCUUUGGACCAGCACUUAAUGAAGACACAUCAGUCAAAUAUAUCUUUAUCGCCUUAUUAGUGUUCCAUGUUAUCCCCAAACAUUAUUGGAUAAAGAGCUGACUAUAGUGC